CUGGCGGCUCACAUGAUCGAAGACAUGGAGCGCAAGAAACAGCAGCAGAAGUCAGAGGCAGAGCACGAGGGACGGCAGGCCAAGCGAAGAGCCAACUGACUGCAUGACCCACAGACACUGACCGACUCGCCAAUUGGUGCAUCGGUGUGCUCGUGUGUGUGCACUCCAUCGCACGGACACUUGAACGUUCAAUUAAUGGUUCAUGGUCGUCGGUCAGUCGGCAGCGCACACACGCACAGAGCACCGACAAGUGUCAGUCAGCAUCCACACAAACAUCCAUUCCUCUGAGCAACCAUCGCUCAGAACACAUCAUUCGUCAUGUACACACUCGCUGCUGCAGCCACGCACUCAGCCGGUCAGCCACACACACAUGUAUCACGCCCGAUAAACAGCAGAGAUGCCAUCCAUGCAGUCAGCCUGUCAGCUGCACGCCAUACCUCACCUCUCCCACCUCAGCUGUCCUGCACGCGCUAGCUGAUUGAUUCAUCCACACACGCGCACACACACAAACACACACACGCAUCCCGCUCCCUCUCGACAUUCGUGUAGUCGCGCACAGUCGCAUACACACGUGUACGCAACGAGGCAAGAGAGCCGAAAAAUAACCCAGCUCCUCAGCCAAACCAUCCACGCACACACACCAAGGGAGAGACACAACGUACGGGCACACACCGGAAGAGAGACCCACAGGGAGUGGCGCCAGCCAGUCCGAUGACUGGCGCCCGUGUAUUGAGUCAAUUCUCGUGGCACACACGCGGUAGUCAGCGGGCCAGGCGACGGAUCAUCUCAGGCACUGCACACACACACGCACACGCACACACACACACACGCACACGCACACGCACACGCACACGCACACGCACACGCACACGCACACGCACGCACUGUCGGCCCUGCAAGCCACCCUACAUGUGUGAAACACACAUAUUAAAAUCCGCCACGUUCACACACAUGCAGCACUGUACAUGCCUACGUACGUACGAAGGGACCGACAUGGAAAUAUGCAUGGGCCGGCCCGCAAAGCAGCCAGCUAGCCGUUCGUAAGGAAAUGUAGCAGCGGUAGGAAUUACCUUUGUCUGUCACUUUGGACACUUUAGAUACUACAAACAAACACCAUCUAUCCAUCCAUCCAUGCACCUAUCACGCGUAACCGCCUUAGCCUUAGGCAUCCAAAUACGUAUGGCACGACAGAAGAAAAAAAAGCUUAUCAUCCGGCCUGUACGACACAGGCAACACAGGCAACACAGGCAGGCAGGCAGAUCAUCCCGGCAACAGCUCAUCCAUUCGUAAACCAUAGAGUGCCUCAGGAACCGCCCGCCACGUGAUGAGAAGAUUGCAUUGCAUUGCAUCCUUUCCUGCCUCCUUCAGGCAUCAGACGAAGAGAGAGAAAGUGAGAGACGUAUCGGGGAUAGCCCAGGUUGGACACAGACGAAGCGACAAAGAGAAAGAGACACGAUGUAUAUACUGGUGAGACCACAUCCAUUCACACACACCAACAGCAUUCACACUGUGCCCGUCAGACACACCCCCGUCAAAAAAGUACUUUGUCUCGGCUAGCCAUCCCACGCACACACACAGACACACACACAGACAAGCACACAGACACACACCAAAUGCACGCCUCCAUUCAAAACCGACCUCCCCCAAUCAGUCAGUCGCCCUCCGCUCUCUCCAGAUUCUUCUUCCAAGCGUGCAGGAAGACCUCCAGGUCGCCCUCAUCAGUAUCAGUAUCUCGACCACCGCUCGUCGUAUCUUGCUCCUGCUCUUCCUUGGCCUCACGCUCCUCCUCGCGGAAGGCCGGCGGCUUGUCGUGCCGCUCCUGGCGUCCUACCGGCAUCCGUGGCGGCUCGCGCCCGCUUGUUGUGUCUUGCUCCUGCUCUUCCUCGGCCUCCUCUUUCAACAUGAACACCUGUUGAGACACACUUAUGACUCAUUCAUGUGUAUCUCAACUGGCUAUGAACGCACCGUCUUCAUGUUGCUCGGCAGCUCGCCACCCACGGGCAUCUCGUGGGUCAGAUCGACUGGCAGUAGUGAGGCGACAACCUCGCCCUUGAUCUUCAGCACUUUGUACUCAUCAGUCAGCCGAUUCUUCCGCUCAGCCUGCAUCCGAUGCACACAGGCACACAUGCCGCACACGAGACACAGAUGGGACAUGCAGCCUCUCAUCUCAUCUCAUCUCAUCUCAUCUCACCUCUCCCUCGUAGACUUCUGGGUUUUGUGUGAGUCUGUAGUUGGUGCCGUUGUAGUGUGCCCGGAUCCACAUCUCCAGCUGCCGUCGCGUGGCCAACUGUGGCUUCUCUACGACGAACCAGUUGACGGCCUGGGUGCAGGGUGGCGUGGUGAGGCUGCCCGCAUAAUGGUAGAUGCUUGAAGUGCUGGCGAAUGCGGCGAGAUCCGAAAGGUCUGAGUCGACCUCAUACACGACCUCAGGGUUCUCAAUGCUGGGGAUGCGGGGCCCGUCCUGUGCGGGGUUCUCGAGAGAGGCAAGGAACUCGUUUUCUUUGAAGCCGACAUCGAAGACGUAGCCCAACACGGCGAACUCAGCUGCAUACAGAGCGGACCCCUCAUGUGCAUGCCUGUCUUGUGCUGCCUGCCGGUAGACGUACGCUGCAUUGCUCCAUCAGUAUCGGUGCGCACGUGAACAAUGUGCAUCUCCAGCGGAAGCUGCUUGCCAUCAAAUGUGUGCUCGGAUCUCGCAUGGAAGUGAAACGACACAGCAGUGAAUGUCUUAGUCAGGUACCGAAGGUAACCCAAGUCCGCCUUUCUCUCGGUAUCACGCAACUCUACCCUGCGUAUGUGACGCACACGGACACAUCCUCUGUGCGUGCUGGCUCAGCGGCUCUGGCUCACUCGACAAAUAUUGGAUUCGCUUCCGGGCCCCACAUUAUCGUCAUGUUGGUGGUCAGUUUGGGGUACAAGAACGAGACCGCCGACUGUCCGGGAACCACCUCGUUUGGCUUGAUGUUCAACGGAUCCGGCAAGGUGUGGCCGCCCAAAAAAGAGUGGCCGCCCCUCCUGAUGUCUAUCGGACUCUGAACAGCACACAUCGAGAGGACAGGCAGACAGAAGGAGGGUUAAGCCGAGCGCGUUGGAUGUCCGGGCCCCACGCACCUGUCUGAGUGUAUUGCCACAUUCAUUGCCCGGGAUGUCCAAUUCAGCCCAGUCGCCACCAUUUUCGUCCCAGUCGAACGGCGCAUCUGCCCCAAGCGCAGUGUCAGCCAGCACAAGCCAAGCAAUGGCGACGGUCAGCAGGUAUCGCAACGCCAUUCUCCGAGGAAGAGAUGAAGGGAAGACGUGCAGGAGAUAAUUAAAAAGAAAA